CUCUUUAUGGGAAAAAAAAUAAUAAUUACUUGUUGAUGCAUGUAACUCCAUUGACAACUUCUAUGGAAGUAAAAACUCAAAAUAACAACAACCACAAGUUUCACUGCCCACAGCUUGUGAAGAAUCCAACACUUUUUGAUGUAUUGGUGACGCCUAACCUUUAUGGUGACAUUAUCAGCGACCUUUGUGCUGGAUUGAUUGGGGGAUUGGGUCUAACACCAAGGUAAAUGUACAUCGUUUAUAAUCAGUAAUUGUUACAUACAUCCUCUUAUUUGACGGCAUGACUUCUUGUGCAGUUGCAACAUUGGUGAGGGUGGAAUAUUACUAAUUGAUGUUACCCCUGCACCAAGGACCCUCCACCCUUGGACCUUUGCAAGCAAUUUUACUAGUUGAUGUUACCCCUUUUGAAAAUUUUCUAAUGAAGGAUAUAGUCAUGC